CAGCACCCGCAGCGGCAUUCGCAACCAUGGGCGUGCCCUUCGAAGCUCUCAUCCCGUACGGGAUCAUGAUCGGCAUGUUCGCAUUCAGCGCCGUCUCCGUCGGCAAGCUCAGGGAGAUGCAGAACGGAGGCAAGAAGGCCCGGCGCGGGAUUGACGCAUGGGACAGGGUACUGAUGGAGCGCGACCGCAGAUUGACCGGCUUCAUGCGAGGACAGACGGAUAAGCCGGAGGCGCCGCAGGGCUUCGAGCUGAAUAAUCCAUGGAGGGUCGAGCAGCGAUUCCUUUGAGCCAAGCCCACACCACGCAAUCAAUGUUCAACAAUGUUCACUAGUCAAUGAUACACUCCAUCUCGUCAUUCAUAGUCUCUGCUUCCAGAACGGGUGCAUAGCCCCCCAACUACCGUGUUCUACAUCACCUACUUGAUCUCCGAAGGAAGCCCCCGGAUGCCGUCCCUCUCAACCUCGCUCACUUUGAUUCCGAAAUGCUCCUCCAAGGCUUUGACUCUGUCACGCUCGCUCUCAAACUUGAUCUCCUUUUCCUUCUGUCCGCGUAUCCUCCACUUCAGAUCAGUGUUCCCCAGGAUGAGAUUGCCUGCGAGCUCUCCGUCAUCUCCAAGCAGCUUCUUCUCCCCUACAAUAACCCUUGUAAAGAAGGUCCUUGGUGAAGUGCUGGUAAAGUAGUUCAUGAUGGCAUAAUCACUCGGGAGGAACUCCAGCUCGGUGAAGCUAUACGUCAUCUGGAAAUCGCUAUUUUCGUCGAUUCUGUGUUCGUAAAUCC